GUAGUAUAUAUAUGAUAAAGGUUUUGUUUGUAAAACAUUAUAACGAAGAAGAGCUUCAGGAGAUGGAUGUAACUCCAGACGAAGCUGAGGUCUCGUUAGCAUUGUUACUACUAGGACAAUACCCUGUUUUCUUUGAGAAAGAAGAAGAAGAAGAAGAAGAAUCCGUAAGUGAGGAUGAGUUGGAAGUGAAAAUUUCUAACCAAACAUAUGAAAAGAAGGGUAAAAAGAAGAGAAAAGUCGCAGAGGUAGACAAUUCCAAAGAAACCCUAUUGCGCAUGAUCGAUUGGGAGGCCAAUAGGCCGAAAAAUCCUCCGAGAAGGAUCUUUGUCCGUGAUCCAGAUGCGAUGGGAGCUUGCAGCGAACUGAUGUGGAAGCAGUUGACGGGUAGCGACGUGAAGGACAAUCAGUGCAGGCUCAUGUUAGGGAAGGAGCAGGUGAAAAAGAUGAUGGUUGAUGUUCUGGGAAAAGCAGAGAAACUUGGGAUUCAUGGGCAAAAGGUCUCGGUGUAUGGACCAAAGGGAGAGAUUCAUGAGAUGGUUUUCAAGAUGUGGAAGAAGGACACACCUAUUUUGAUGAGUGUUGGAUGGAAGAAUUUCGUGAAGAAAUAUAAGCUCGAGAAGCAUGUUGAUUUUCUCACUAUUUGGAUGUUUAGGCACAAAGAGACUCGGAAGAUUUGCUUCGCUAUUGAUUCCACUAGGAUUCCUGUAAAGGGUAUGCUGAGUCCAAAGAUCUUGAACGCAGCCUUCAAGAAUCCAUCAUAGGGGUUUUAUGUGCGUGUGAGUGUUUUUAGGGUUUGUUUGUUGUUGGUAAGUCUUUUAGGGUUUUUUCUUUUCUUGUGAAAGAGAACGUGUUUUAUUAAUAAAGGGAUCUAAGGUUUUUAUAAACAUGAAAUCGAUUAUAGUUUUAUUUUGUUGGUUAAGGAUACCAAGAUUUAUAGUUGUUGUCUCUACAUACAUCAUGAUUAGUUGCACCAAUUUGAUUAUAUGAAUCAGUUUUUUUUUUUU